CUUACCAUAUACUGUGUUGCUGUUUUGUUAUUUAUUAUUAUUACUGUGGGCGUUGGGAAGAUCGGAACUGUAAAGUGGAAUAGUAGCGGUGCAGUCCGUGCUUGAAACAAUAGUGUCGUGCAAACAUUUGCGCAAUGACAGCACCCAUGGAGAGAAUACAAGUCUUAGACACUAUUGAAAAAGAUAUUAUAACAUGUCUUCAAAGUGCUGGGCAGGCACUUACAGAGUUGAGCAAAGAGAAAUCAAGCUUAAAACAAGCAGAAGUUCAGACAAAUCAGUUCCUGAAAACACUGAAUCAAGUAGAAGCAAAACUUACUGAACAAAUAAAUUAUCUAACCCAAGUAUCUACAGGACAGCCUCAUGAAGGAUCAGGCUAUGCCUCACAGAAGGUACUUCAAAUGGCAUGGCAUCGUUUAGAACACGCAAGAAGUAGGGUGAAUGAACUGGAGAGAAUUAAAAAUAAGCAUCUACAGGCACGUGCAGCUUUGAGGAACCAACAGCAAAUCACCCAAGUACAACAGAAUGGAUCACAACCAGUCACCAAUGCCCACGGAGGAACAUCAGCAUAAUUUUCGAAGAAGCUGUUUUCAUAUCAUUCGUCGCUGACUGUAUGAGGCUAACUGUUUCAACAUGUGUCAAAAGUCAAGUGAAAACUUUAUGCUGAAAGAAAUGUCAGUGUUGUAAGCAGGUGUUUUUUCUCAAAUUUCUGAGUGUUGCAAGGACUAAGAACAUAUUUUAAAAAUACAGAACUAGCAACAGCAUUGUGUUUAAACAGUUAACUGAAGUAUGGUUCUUGAGGAGCAUUCUGCACUCUUUCGUGCAACUGCAGAGUAUAAAAGAUUCUCAUAUUUUUAAUGGCAUUGCAGGAAUGAAACGUAGGUGCAUUUCACAAGUUUCUCCUGUGGUAUAAAAAUGUUCCUUUCCAAUGUUUUUCUCAUUAUUUAUAUUUAUUGACAUAAAUACGAUGUUUUCGGUAUUUUACUGGAAGAACUGAUGAUGUAUGGAAGGCUUUAAUGAACCAGAAGUCAUGGACAUUUUUACUCAUCUGUACAUUGUAUAUAUUAUUAGUAUUGAGCAAUGAUGUUGUACAACUUGUUAAUUACAUAACAGUUUAACAGUUGUAAUUUUCAUUGACAUUCAUUCAUGUAACUCAAAUACAUACAUCAAACAAUGGAAAAUCCAGGAUGGAAUGUAACAAUAUAAUGAAGAGGAUAGCUGAGAUGCUGAGUCACAGAAAGGCACACCAAAAGGCUGUCGGGAAGUUAGCUUUCAGACAAGUCCUUUGUCAGAAAUAGACAACAUAAACACAAGCACACACUCACGCAAAGUUAAAACACACACACACACACACACACACACACACACACACACCUGGCAGCUCGAGCUAGACUCAAAUGUGGCUCCAGUUGCCAGAGUCUGUGAUCGUGUAUGUGUGAGUUGCAUCUGCGUGCGUGCGUGCGUGCGUGCGUGCGUGCGUGUGUGGGUGUGUGUGUGUGUGUGUGUUAGCUAUUUUUGACAAAGGCCUUGUUAACCGAAAGCGAACUUUCGAACAGUCUUUUUGAUGUGCCUCUCUGUGACUCAGCAAAUACACAUAUCAGCAUAUUUAGUUAUAAUCAUAUGAUAUGAGGGCUGCCAGUCCAAAUAUGACCUCUCCAGGUUAAUCUGGAGAAAGUAACGAACCAGGUUGGACCUGAGUGUCAAGGAAAGGUGACUCAAAAAGGAAAAACUUUAAUAACUGCAUAUGAAUCCAAAAUUUGGGGCAGAGGGAGAGAACUAACAGGAAAACAAGGUGGAGCCCAAUGAUACAGCAAAUAAAUUUAAGUAAAAUAAGCAAAAUAUGUAAAAUGCACAAAUCAUUUAACAGUGGUGUGUCUUGAACUUUUAUUUCAACUUGAUGGACCUAAGUGACUGAUGGUGAAAUACUCAUAAGAUGGCUUAUGUCCAAAACGGGCAGUUUUGUGUAUUAGUAUGACAAUUGGAAAGUAAAAGUAUCUCUUUGCUCACUAUCAAUACAGUAUUACCAGAAACAGUGAUUUCAAGUAUUCUUUCACAAAUGAUCCUACAUUGGACAAGUAUUUAACAAAUGGAUCUGCUAUUGGGGCUCAACAUCUACUCUAGUCACGAGGGCUCUGAAAAAUCACUAUUCUUAACAUUUACAUGGCUAAAAUGUGUAGUAGUUUAACCCAAUACCGUAGCGGUAACCCCUAAGGUCAGGAUUUUUAGUGGGGGUGGAAAAUAAGCAGAUGGGGUAGUGAUGCUACUAGUGCAGGAGGCCAAUCUUGGGAGCUGGUGUGAAUGGCUGUUGUAUGCCCUAGGGCAUCAGUGAAACAGUUUAAUCUGGAAUUUUAUUUAUUACUAGUGAUUUUAUAGUACAGAUUGUCUUCUCUUGGACAGCAUUAGGCCUACUGGUUCUCACACUCGAGUGAAACGAGGAAUGCAGACAUGGCAGCCUUGUCGGCUGUGCCUGUUGUGCAGGUCAGGACCCAGCAGUGGUCUCGUGCAGGUGACCGGGAAACAAGAGUCUGUUGGUGCAAGCCUACCACGGCCAACUGGCAUUUAGUGUAGCCCGCCCCAGUGCUCUCAAAGAAGGACACGUACUUAAGCGGGUGCCGACAGCAUAUCACACAGGGGUAUCAUGAAGGUGGAACCGUAGUGCUCAAAUCAGCAACACAACGUGCAGCCAGGGAUGUGAUACUCUGAUGUCUCGCCCAACAGAUUGUCACUCAGUAUGGUCCUUCACCAGUGGGACGCCCAUGCUUGGCCAGAUCUUCAAUCAAGGGAGUGGCCAAACAGCACUGGCAGCUCGUAGCAGCUAAGUCACACUACAGCUCAGCCUUGGCUGUGAUCUUGGAGGCUAAGUUUUUCUCAGCAGCAGGUAGCACAUACCAUUCUGUCAGAAUUAGAAGCUGCAGAUGGGAUGACAAGACUCUGAUACUGAGGCUUCAAAAAUGGUUUUAUUCAAGCUGGACAUAAUGUCAGCACUGCUGGUGAUGCAGUCAUAUGCCCUUAUUAUCCAGAGGUGUCAGCAUCCCCACCAUGGUAUCUGUCAUUUUCAUUUCCCCUUGCCUUCACAGAGCAAGGUGACUCACUGGUUAGAACAUUGUACUCGCAUUUGGGAGGACGACAGUUCAAACACAUGUCUGGCUGUCCAGAUUUAGGUUUUCCUUGAUUUCACUAAAUCUCUUCAGGCAAAUGCUGGAUGGUUCCUUUGAAAAGGCACGCCCAAUUUCCUUCCCCAUCUUUUGUAAUCUGAACUUGUACUCCAUCUCUAAUGACCUCAUUGUCAAUAGAACACUAAAUGCUAAUCUCCUCCUCACCUUCAGAUUUUCCAUCGCUGCUAGGGCACCAUGGAGGGGCUGAGCUAGGAUGUUACAUAUUAUGGCCCCAUAGUGCAAGGCUCAAACAAUGAUGCAUUAGGCUCUGUCGUACUGUAUCAUCAUUUGUACUUCUUGGUUACAGCUCAGAUGUGACAAUGUAUUAAUAAUGCUGUCCUGACUUUGUAAGAUAGCACUCCUUGCAUUCUCCAGAUAAUUAUAUAUUGUGAUUAUCUGCCAUCUGUGCCAUGUAAUAGCUUUCAAAAUUUAUACCCACACCUGGGAAUCAAAUUAGCUGUUUAACAAUCCUUUCUUCUUCAAGAAAUUUGUCCUUAAUUUUACUGUUGUUUACCCGUAACAACUGCAAUUUAUAUGGAUUACAUGGACACUAGAUGAUUCCACGCAAUCCCAGUAAAUAUCUCAAGAGGGUGACUCACAUUAGUUGUUCCACUUACACCUUAGUUUUAUUCUCCAUUGCAGUCGAGAUCUUUUUCAUUGUACAUGCAGUUAUUUAAUUAAAUAUAUUGGUUUAAUUUG